CAGGCGGUGCCGGCCGCUGCCAGGCGCGGAGCGGCCCCGCAGAGCGGCGGCUGGGGCUCGGGCGCUGCCCUCGACAUGGCGGCGGGCGGCGGAGGUGCCGGGGGGGAGCAGCGGCCGUACGAGCUGGUGGUGUUCGGGGCCAGCGGCUUCACCGGGCAGUUCGUGGUGGAGGAGGUGGCGCGGGCGGCCAGCGGCGGGGUGCUGCGCGGCGCCCUGCGCUGGGCCGUGGCCGGGCGGAGCCGCACCAAGCUGCAGGAGGUGCUGGAGCAAGCGGCCGAGAGGCUGGGGAAGGCGGCUCUGGGGCCGGAGGUCGGCGUGCUGCUGUGCGAUGUGGGCGACCCGGACUCGCUGGCCGCCAUGGCGAGGCAGACCCGGCUGGUGCUCAACUGCGUGGGCCCGUAUAGGUUUUUUGGAGAGCCUGUCGUGAGAGCUUGUGUUGAAAACGGUGCUAGCUGCAUUGACAUCAGUGGAGAACCCCAGUUUCUGGAAGGAAUGUACCUGAAAUACAAUGAAAAAGCUGCCGAGAAGGGAGUGUAUAUCAUUGGAAGCUGUGGCUUUGACUCUAUACCAGCUGACAUGGGAGUAUUGUACACCAGAGACAAGUUGAAAGGUACCUUAACUUCUGUCGAAAGUUUCCUGACAGUGAAAUCUGGACCUGAGGGUGCUUGUAUACAUGAUGGGACUUGGAAGUCAGCUGUUUAUGGCCUCGCAGAUCAAGACAACCUGAAGACGCUUCGAAAAAAGAUAGGAUAUUCCCCUGUUCCAGUAGUCGGUGCGAAACUUAAAAGAAGAGGACUUGUGUUCUACAGUCAGGAAUUCAAACAGUAUGCUAUUCCAUUCAUGGGAUCUGAUGUUUCUGUCGUGAAACGGUCUCAGCGCUAUUUGCACACACAGUUGCAGGAAACACCGGUACAGUAUGGUGCUUAUGUGAAUGUAGGUGGUCUUGGCUCUGUUGUGAAGCUAAUGAUUGCUGGCAUUUUAUUUCUUCUUCUUGUGAAAUUUAGCUUUGGAAGAAAACUUCUGACAAAAUAUCCGGAAUUUUUCUCUGCUGGACGUUUCACAAAGAAAGGACCAACCCAGAAACAGAUGGAUGAAACCUCCUUCACAAUGACCUUUUUUGGCGAGGGUUACAGUGAGGGGCAGAAUCCACAGAACGGCAAACCAAAUGUAAAGAUUUGCACUCAAGUGAAAGGACCAGAACCAGGCUAUGUUGCAACUCCAAUUGCAAUGGUUCAGUCAGCCUUAGCUCUUCUGGAAGAUGCAACUUGUCUGCCUAAACAAGGUGGUGUAUAUUCUCCAGGAGCCGCCUUCUCUAAAACAAAACUGAUUGAUCGCCUCAACAGCCGUGGUGUUGAGUUCUCUGUUAUUAGCCAGCCAGAAGUCUGACAUCAAAACAUAACUGUAUGAACUAACAUCUUACCUGUGUCUAAUUCCAAUAAAGUUCAUUUGGCUGUAGAAGCCUAAUCAUAAAAUAGUUUCACUGUGCUGUUGUUUACAGCAGAAAAAAACAAGCUAAAACAUAAUAACUUAUGCUAUAGUGGAAAAAAAAAAAAACAACACAUAAAGGAUACUGAGUUUUAAUUUAUGAACGUAUUAAAUCAGUGAUUGAUUGGGUACUAGAUCUAGAAAGUUGUUUAAUUUCUUUCAUCUUAAGUUGCAGAGCAGCAGCCUAAAUUUUAAGUUAAUACAUAAUUCAGUCAGCAAGUAACCACAACCUUCUCACCACAGCUAUUUGAAGCAGGCAGGCCCUGGCUACCAAGUGCCUUAGCAGACAAAACCCACUAGUUAUUCCUCAUGCCUGUUUGGGAUAGGCACGGUUACCUUUUGGUGUUCUUAUUUUUAAAGGCUUAGUACCCAUAGUCAAGUCAGAGUAGUUGUUCUUUUCUUAAGGUUUAAGGAGCAGUUUUGUCUUUUUGGUGGGUUAUUAUAAAGAUCAGCUGUACUCGUCUUAAGUAGACAAGUAGUUUUGACUUUCAGUCCUACCAGCUUGCCUGUAGCGAGGCAUACUAAAAAAGAGAAAACCUGUGUUGUAAUAUAGAGCUAGCUGAAGACCAGUUGCCAUUUCAUCCUUUCAACUGAGAACAGGUCAUUCUACUAUAAGUGCAGUAUGCAAAGCAGUGUCAAAAACAAUGCAUUUACAAAGUGACUAGGUAGCAGCCUUGGCGGUAUAGUAACUGUAGGAAGUUAAACUACUUCUCAGCUGUUGAAACAAAUUCCAUACUUGUUUGUAAAUAUUAAGUUACCUUUCAUGCGUCUCAGUGAUUGAAUGAUAAUACAUCUAGCAAAUGAUUUUUUUCUAAUACAUCUGCAUUUAGUAAUAUAACAGCUUUAUUCCCACUGUUACAGCUUGCUGAGAGCAGAGCAUUGCUACAGAUUAAUUUAACAUUUCUGAAAUACUUUAUUUCUUGUCUUAGCGUGAAACAGAUUUGUAAUUAGUGAUUUUUAGAGGCUGAUAUCAUAAACAAAAAAAGCUGAGGGAGUGGGUAUAACAUUUGCUUUAAAGUACGGUGUAUAUAAAAUCCUCGUGAUAGAACUUAAACUGAAAACUCACUUUGCACUUCGAUGCCUUCCUUGGAGGGAAUCCUCAAGAUUUGCUAUAUGCUGUGUAUUCCCGCUUCUUCUUAACUAUAAGAGCAACAUCACUUUUCAGCUUGUGAAUGGUUGACUCAAGUUGUUUCCCAAAAUCACUUAUCAUCUGUGAUUGUCUCUCUGUAAAAAGACGCAGUACCUGCAAAUUAUCUUCCUGCUAAAACAUAAUAAAAUAAAUGAGUUGGGCUGAA